CCUGAAGAUAAUAUAGAUAUCAAUACUUUGCUUAUAAUCAGAUAUGUUGAUGAAACUAGUAUAUUUGAAGUUGGUAAAUAUGAAAGUAAAAGUAGUACUUUAUCUAUAAUUGGAGAUACUGGUGAUAUUUUUGAAGGUGAUGACUCUGAAAAUAGGACUGAAAAUGUUGAAGAUAAUAUAAAUAAAGGUUAUGAUUUAGAAAGUGGACUUAAUGAACAAGUAUCUCAAGAUUCAAGAGUAUUGUGA